GUGCUUUGAAUUAAAUAGAGGGUCCCUUGUUCGCGGCUAAUGUUUUUUGAACGCUGAUAAGUUUUGAAUCGCAGCAAAAUGUUUCCAAACAGAGUUUCCAUGCUCUGGGGACUAAUUUACAUCCUGGUUGGCACCUAUUUUUUGGAAUGCAAAGCCAGGAGUGUCGCGGAUUCAAACAACAGUGAAAAUGUUAUUAAAGACGACACCGUGGAGUACCUCAAGUCCUAUGGGGAAAAAAUGAAAUCCUACAUGAACCUUAGUGUUUCGCCUUGUGAUGACUUUUACGAAUACGCCUGCGGUAAUUGGAAAAACGUACGACCGGACCACUUCCAGUCUAACCAUAAGAGGAGCAACCUCUUGGAUAUAGUCUACACCCUGCGCGACGAAGUGGAGGAGCUCUUGACGAGCAUGCAGUUGGCCCAGGCGCUCAAUGUUUCUACGGAGCUGCUGGUUGCGCAACAAUUCUACAACGCGUGCCUCUCGGCAGUGGUGUUUCCGCUCCCGGCCGCUGAUCCCGCUUAUCUGGCGCUUAUCAGGUCCGUAGGUGGUUUCCCGGCAGUCGACGGACCCGCAUGGAACGCCUCUACCUUCAGCUGGUUUAACAUGAGCGCCCAUCUCACUAAUUAUGGGAUCAGUGGGUUGAUCAACGAGGAUAACUUGCCCCAGUACCCCUUUAAUCCGUAUUUUAAAUUGCCGGAAUUGGGAUUUGAUCACAUCGUCCAGACGGAUAACAUAGCCAACAACACCACUAGAGCCUACAAGCUGAACGAGAAAAGAAUGCAGACUUAUCUGCAGGCUUAUAACCUCACGGAGGAAAAGAUUUCGGAGGUGAUCGAUGGGGUUUUUGCCUUCUGGCGUGAGGCACUCGCAGUUGCUGAUAAAUUUGAUGGCAAGGACAUAAAAUGCUUAGAAAUUUCUGAAACCGAAAAUGUGCCAAAGUAUCAUCAGUGGGAUAGCUACUACGAGAUUGCUUGGAACGGAAAAAACUUUUCUAGCGUGGGCGGAAUGGAUGGAUAUUGUGACUACUACUACGAACAGUUGGAUAAAGUGUGCUCAAGACACCCAGACGCUGUGGCAAACUAUCUGGCCAUGCUACUAUUGUAUCGAAUGGAUGCCAAGCUGAAGGAGGAGAAGAAUCACAAGGAUUACUGCUUCUUGACAGUACAAUUCGGAUUUUCCCAUCUUUUCAACAAGCUUUACAUGGCUGAGCAUUUUACCGAUCGGACUCGCUCAGAAGUAUCUGCUAUUGUACAGGAACUUCGAAAUAGCCAGAAGAAGGCGCUCGAGAAAGUCGAAUGGCUGGAUCCGGAGACUCGCCGGGAGGCACUGCUCAAAGAGUCCAACAUUGAAUCUGUAAUAGGGAGCCACAAAAACGAAGAGAUUACCUCUCGCCUGAUCCAAGAAAUCCGUGGCCUGGAUGUGGAGGACACGAGCUUUCCCCAGAGCUUAAUCCAUCAACGAAAAUUGGCAACCCGCUGGCGCCGCUUCAAUGGACUCCAUUUCGAGGAACUACACAAUGGAUCUAAGCCCCUGGAAUUAUAUUUGGGCAUGCAGGUGAAUGCGUUUUAUUACAACCUUGAUAACUCCAUUUAUGUGAUGGCUGGCAUAUUGCAUCCACCUGCCUACCAUCCCGACUGGCCCAAUUCCCUGAAAUUUGGCACUUUGGGUUACCUGGUGGGCCAUGAGCUAACCCAUGGCUUUGAUACCGUGGGCUCCAAGUUCAAUAGUGAGGGGGAAAUGCGCAACUGGUGGUCGAAGAAGUCUGAAGCUGUUUUUGAGGAGCGGGCAACGUGCUUUGUGGAUCAUUAUGACCGCUACCUUAUACCUGAAAUUAAUCGGAAAAUCAAUGGCAAAGAGACCCAGGACGAAAACAUCGCGGAUAGCGGUGGGCUGCAGGGUGCCCUUGAUGCCUACCGCAGCCACAUGAAGCAGUUGAAGAAUAGAAGCGAGGAGGAUAAUGAGAUUUUAAGAAGCGAACAAAUGCCCGGAUUGGAUCUAUCCCCGGAACAGCUUUUCUUCCUUGGAUUUGCGCAGCUCUGGUGUGCGGAUUACGAGCAGGAACACUAUUGGGAGGAGUUAACCAAAACACACACCAUCGACAAGUAUCGAGUCUUGGGCGCAGUCUCCAACAAUCAUGAGUUUUUCCAGGUCUAUAACUGCCCUGCCGGCACCCCAAUGCACGGGAAAGCGGAUACUUGCCACAUUUGGUAGUACACUUUAUUUCGAACGUUAGCUUUCAAGGAUGUAGCAGCCGAAACAUUUUUAAAUAUCACCAUAUUAUUUAAUUAGUUUUAAACUUAUUUAAAAUGGAAAAUCCAAACCCAUGCUUAUUUUUAGUUAGAGAAAAUGUCAUUUAAAGAAUGCCCU